AUGAGGGCUGCCUUUGCAGGGAGUGCUGCCUUCGCAAGGGGUGGUGCCUUCGCAUGGAGUGCUGCCUUCGCAAGGAGUGCUGCCUUCGCAAGGAGUGUUGCCUUCGCAAGGAGUGCUGCCUUCACAAGGAGUGCUGCCUUCGCAAUGAGGGCUGCCUUUGCUGGGAGUGCUGCCUUCGCAAGGGGUGGUGCCUUCGCAAGGAGUGCUGCCUUUGCAAGGAGUGCUGCCUUUGCAAGGAGAUAUGCCUUCGCAAGGAGUGCUGCCUUCGCUAGGAGUGCUGCCCUUCUAAGGAGAGCUGCCUUCGCAAGGAGUGCUGCCUUCGCUAGGAGUGCUGCUUUCGCAAGAAGGGCUGCCUUCGCUGGGAGUGAUGCCUUUGCAGGGAGUGCUGCCUUCGCAAGGAGUGCUGUCUCCGCAAGGAGUGCUGCCUUUGCAUGGACUGUUGCAUUCACAAGGAGUGCCGCCUUUGCCAGGAGUGUUACCUUCGUACAGAGUGCAGCCUUCGCAAGGAGUGCUGCCUUCGCAAGGUGUGCUGCGUUUGCAAGGAGUACUGCCUUUGCAAGGAGUGCUGCCUUCGCUAGCAGUGUUGCCUUCGCAAGGAGUGCUGCGUUCAGAAGGAGUGGUGCCUCCGCAAGGAGUGUUGCCUUCGCAAGGAGUGCAGCCUUUGCAAGGAGUACUGCCUUCGCAAGGAGUGCUGCCUUCGCAAGGAGUGCUGCCUUCGCUAGGAGUGCUGCCCUCGCAAGGAGGGCUGCCUUCGCAAGGAGUGCUGCCUUCGCUAGCAGUGUUGCCUUCGCAAGGAGUGCUGCGUUCAGAAGGAGUGGUGCCUCCGCAAGGAGUGCUGCCUUCGCAAGGAGUGCAGCCUUUGCAAGGAGUACUGCCUUCGCAAGGAGUGCUGCCUUCUCUAGGAGUGCUCCCCUCGCAAGGAGGGCUACCUUCGAGAGGAGGGCUGCCUUCGCAGGGAAUGCUGCCUUCGCAAGGGGUAAUGCCUUCGCAAGUAGUGCUGCAUUCUCAGGGAGUACUGCCUUUGCAACGAGAGCUGCCUUCGCAAGGAGUGCUGCCUUCGCAAGGAGUGCUGCCUUCGCAAGGAGUGGUGCCUUCGCAAGGAGUGCUGCCUGCGCAGGGAGUGCUGCGUCCGCAAGGAGUGCUGCCUUCGCAAGGUGUGCUGCCUUCGCAAGGAGUGCUGACUUUGCAAGGAGCGCUGCCAUCGCAAGGAGUGCUGCCUUCGCUAGGAGUGCUGCCUUCGCGAGGAGUGCUGCCUUCACAAGGAGUGCUACCUUCGCAAUGAGGGCUGCCUUUGCAGGGAGUGCUGCCUUCGCAAGGGGUGGUGCCUUCGCAAGGAGUGCUGCCUUCGCGAGGAGUGCUGCCUUCGCGAGGAGUGCUGCCUUCGCGAGGGGUGCUGCCUUCGCGAGGAGUGCUGCCUUCGCAAGGAGUGCUGCCUUCACAAGGAGUACUGCCUUCGCAAUGAGGGCUACCUUUGCAGGGAGUGCUUCCUUCGCAAGGGGUGGUGCCUUCGCAAGGAGUGCUGCCUUCGAAAGGAGUGCUGCCUUCGCAAGGAGUGCUGCCUUCACAAGGAGUGCUGCCUUCGCAAUGAGGGCUGCCUUUGCUGGGAGUGCUGCCUUCGCAAGGGGUGGUGCCUUCGCAAGGAGUGCUGCCUUUGCAAGGAGUGCUGCCAUCGCUAGGAGUGCUGCUUUCGCAAUGAGGGCUGCCUUCGCAGGGAGUGAUGCCUUUGCAGGGAGUGCUGCCUUCGCAAGGAGUGAAGCCUUCGUAAGGAGUGCUGCCUUCGCAGGGAGUGCUGCAUCCGCAAGGAGUGCUGCCUUCGCAAGGUGUGCUGCCUUCGCAAGGAGUGCUGCCUUUGCAAGGAGCACUGCCAUCGCAAGGAGUGCUGCCUUCGCUAGGAGUGCUGCCUUCGCAAGGAGGGCUGCCUUCGCAAAGAGGGAGUACUGCCUUUGCAACGAAUGCUGCCUUCCAAUGAGUGCUGCCUUUGCAAGGAGUGCUGCCUUCGCAAGGAGUGCUGCCUUCGCAAGUACUGCUGCCUUCGCAACGAGGGCUGCCUUUGUAGGGAGUGCUGUCUUCGCAAGGGGUUUUGCCUUAGCCAGGAGUGCUGCCUUUGCAAGGAGUGCUUCCUUCGCAAGGGGUAAUGCCUUCGCAAGAGUGCUGCCUUUGCUAGGAGUGCUGCCUUCGCCUGGAGUGCAGCCUUCGCAGGGAGUGCUGCCUACGCAGGGAGUGCUGCCAUCGCAAGGAGAGCUGCCUUCACAAGGAGUGCUGCCUUCGCAAGGAGUGCUGCUUUCGCUCGGAGUGCAGCCUUCGCACAUAGUGCUGCCUUCACACGGAGAGCUUCCUUUGACAGUGUGCUGCCUUCGCAAGGAGGGCUGCCUUCGCAGGGAGUGCUGCCUACGCAGGGAGUGCUGCCUUCGCAAGGAGUACUGCCUUCGUGAGGAGUGCUGCCUUCGCAAGGAGUGCUGCCUUCGCAAGGAGUGCUGCCUUCGCAAGGGGUGGUGCCUUCGCAAGGAGUGCUGCCUUCGCAAGGAGUGCUGCCUUCGCAAGGAGUGCUGCCUUCACAAGGAGUGCUGCCUUCGCAAUGAGGGCUGCCUUCGCUGGGAGUGUUGUCUUCGCAAGGAGGGCUGCCUUCGAGAGAAGGGCUGCCUUCGCAGGGAGUGCUGCCUUCGCAAGGGGUAA